AUGAAGUUCCACGAAGAUACGAACACUGCCGACACUAUGCUCGUGGUCAUCAGCGUCCCCCUCACCGUUGAGCAGGAUCAAACGCUCGGUAUUACCAACAUCCAGACACUGCUGCCGGCGUUGCGACGGGACUUGCGGGCGUCCCACCCACUCAUUGGGAAGGAAUCGCGCAUCCUGGUGCAGCUCCUCCCUGAGGCGCCCACGCACGACAACACCGACGCUCAGGCUCCUCAGUUGUGCGCACUCUGGCACCGUGUACCGUGGGAGCAGAUGAAGAAGUUCUUGAGCUGCGCGUACGAGGCGUUCAUGGAUGCAAGCAACCCAGUCCAGCGGAUUGAGAUUUCGCUGCUUGGUUUCGCUGCAUUCAACAUUCCACUGAGCAAAUCCGACUCGAGAAUCAAGCGGUUCGGACGGGUAAAUGCUGCAAAAGAUGGUUGGAAUUUGGCUUCUGUGCCUGAUGCCCAGUGGACGCGCGAAAUGAAGCUUGUGCCCAAAGAAACAAAGCCUUUCGACGCCGCGUCAAGCUUGACCAGCAGCAAUUGGCCGGUUGCUGACGAUGUGUGCUUGGGAGGCACGUUUGAUCACAUGCACAAUGGCCAUCGCAUCUUGCUCACGGUGGCAGUCUUGCUUGCCCGCCGGCGCCUCGUUUGUGGUGUUACUGACGGAUCCCUGCUCGCAAACAAAAAGCGCAAGGAGUUGGUAGAACCCCUUCAGCAACGGAUCAACGCAGUUCGUGACUUUUGCCAUGUGAUUCGACCAGACCUGGCGAUCGAGUUCCAUGCAAUUGUCGACAUGUACGGACCAGCUGGCACCGACGCCGACUUGGAUCUACUGGUUGUUUCAGAAGAAACGAAGGGAGCUACCCCACUCAUCAACGAGAAACGGAGCGCGAAUGGAAUCCCAAAGAUGCUCAAGCCUGAACUGGUUGAACUUGUCCAGAGCGAUUUGCACAGUGCAGAGAAGCUGUCAUCCACCCAGAUUCGCGAAUGGAUUGCGCACACCUCGACUGAGGGAGCCAAGCCGCCGACUGGACAGGCAAUCACUGUCCAACGUGUCGGCCGGACGGGGCACAUCGAGAAAUCAAAGACGCAGGGCUCCCGAAAACCAAGAGGUGCGGCGGCAAUCAUUGCUCCUGUAUUGAGUCAAUCUCCGGAAGCACUCGCAAGCGGUCGAGUACUACGUCCGAGGAGAACGAGCACUACGCAGGCGCGGUAACAAAGCAGCAACUGGCGGGCUAGUUUUUUGGUUGGACAAGCCCGUCGUGUUCGAGGGUCCAUACGAAUUCCACAGCUAUGCUGGACCAAGGCAGUUAGGUUUGGAUGGCGUCGGAGUAAACACAGAGGCUCAAUGGCAAGUGAAAAGAACAAACAAACAAACAAACAAACAAAAAAAAAAAAAAACAAACAAACAAACAAACAAACAAACAAAAAAAAAAACAGCAAUAAAAACAAAGCUCGAAUCAAAC